CACAUUUUUUGAAUUUAAAAAGCGUUGAAAUUAUAUCAAGGCCCGUCGAUAUUACAACGGGGAACGGAACGUAAACACAGGCUAGGGCAGGAAGCUUUGGAGUCCAGUUCAAUUCCCGUAUCGCUGUGGCCAAACCUUUGGAGUUUGAGAGAUUACAUUAACUACACAACAGGAGGAGGCUGGGAGAUUGAUUGAGUCAUAUUAUUUCUUCAUUAGAAAGGAAAAUGGGAGGCCAAAGCAACUAUGCUCCACCUGCUUACAUUCCCUUGGGACAAUCAGAUUCAGAAUUAGAGGUUGCGCCGAGCAACAAUGGCAUACCUAUCUCUGCAAUUCCGGGCUUGAGUGGAGCCGGUGAUAGCCCUGCACAAUGGUCUUCUGGAAUCUGUGCUUGCUGCGACGAUAUCCAGAGCUGUUGUAUUGGUCUUGUUUGCCCGUGCUAUCUAUUUGGGAAAAAUGCAGAGUUUUUGGGGUCUGGAACUUUGAUGGGAUCAUGCAUGAUCCAUUUCAUUUUGUGGGCUCUUGUGAACACUGUCUGCUGCUUGGUAACCGAUGGCCUCGUUUUGGGGUUGCCUGGAUGCUUUGUUGCAUGCUAUGCCUGCGGCUAUCGUAGGGCGAUAAGGUCCAAGUAUAACCUGCAGGAGGUGCCAUGCGGAGACUUUGUGACUCAUUUCUUUUGCCAUUUGUGUGCAAUUUGUCAAGAAUAUAGGGAAAUCCGUGAAAGAUCUGGAGAUUCCAAUCCCCCUGAUCUAAAUCUGGUGGCAAUCACAGCUCCUCCAGUCCAGACGAUGGAAUCAGCUUCCACCUAAUAAUGUUCUUACGUCUAUGAUUCCCUUGCGAUCUCAGAGGCAUGCAUAUAUAUCUUGCUCAGUACCAUCCGUAAACACAUUACUAUAUAGUACUUGACUGUGGGUCUCAUACUCCUACAUCAUGUCUGCAGACGGUGAUGUGAUAUCAUACAGUACUGGAUUCUCGAGAUAUGCGAGUUUUUUUUUGCUGUAAAUGCCAUCAAGUUCUGCUUGGACAUUCUGUCAUCAAGGCACUACUAAUCUCCAGUUAUUUCCGUGUACAUUGUGGAGUGGUAUGAAUGGACCGAGGGGAGGACUGAAAUGUUGCUUGGCAUGUUUGAAAGUGUUAAUUUGAAGGUGUUGAUGGUUCUUGAGAUCAUACCACAAGGUUCAAUGCAUGGACAAAUUAGGGGUAAUAUUAGGAUCUUUUACUAAUAGAUAGAUAGAUACGCGGAAGAGUGUAUUUUCCCUGUAUUAUUUGUUGGGUGUUUCUAGCCAUUUUUGCAGGUUGCCCCUCGUUUUAUUUUUCAUAAAACCGCUUGAGGUGUACCUCAACCCAGGAUCUCCUGUCUCCUGUAUUAUUUGUUGGGUGCAAGGUUAUGAAUAUCGUUUUGUACUGGUCGGUAUGUACCGGUUUAAGAAGAAAA